AUGGCACCCAGCGCCAACGUUACCGAAAUCUCCUCUACGGCCCAGUUUGACCAGAUCGUCAAGGGCCUGACCCCCACCCAGCUCCUCGUUGUGGACUUCCACGCCGUCUGGUGUGGACCUUGCCACGCCAUCGCACCCGUGUACGCGCAGCUUGCGGCGCGCAACGAGCACGCAAAGUUCGUCAAGAUCGAUGUCGACGCCCAGCGCGAGUUGGCCGCGCGCUACCGUAUCUCCGCCAUGCCCACGUUCAAGUUUAUCAAGGGCGGACGCGAGGUGGCCGAGAUGAAGGGUGCCAACCCACAGCAGUUGAAUCAGCUCGUGAGCGCCCACGCUGGUCCCAAGCCUGCUCCUGGCGCCGCCCCGGCUGCCGCUGCCGGCGGCUCUGCUGCUCCCGCUGCCCCCGCCGAGGGCUCGCUCCUCCAGUACGUCUCGGCUACUGGUCUCUCGUGUCUCGGUGAGGCCAAGGAGCACCCCCUCAGCACCAUCAUUGGCCCCAACGCCGGCCCCAAGGGCAGGAGUUACCUUGAGUCGGACGUCGACCCCGAGCUCCUCAUUUCUGUCCAGUUCAACGAGGCCGUCAAGAUCAAGGCCAUCUCGAUCUUUGGCGGUGUCUCCCCCGAACAGGCUCCCAAGACAGUGCGUCUGUUCGUCAACCAGACCUCGCUCGACUUCAACGACGCCGAGUCGCACGAGCCUGCCCAGGAGCUCGUGCUGUCCAGCAGCGACAUUCGCGGCGACAAGGUCGACCUCCGCUUCGUGCGCUUCCAGAACGUCCGCAGUCUGCACAUCCUCGUCAAGGACAACCAGGAGGGUGACGAGACGACGCGUAUUGACUCGAUCGACCUGUUUGGUUCCCUCUCGCGUACUGCCUAG